ACCAAGCCAGCAGAGCAAGACCCAUGGUUAACUGAUUUUUUGUUUUGUAACAUCAUACUUGAUUGAUUAAACAAGUUUGUAUUUUACACGCAGAAAACAACGGCAGCCCUAAUUUUUUAUGAAUAUAUGUUUCUUUAGUUCCAUCAUCCUCCUCUCUAUCUUCAAUGAAAAGUCAUCAUCAGCUUCUUCUUCAUUCUUCCUUUACUUCUAAUAAUAAUUAUAUCCUACCCUUAAACGCCAAUAGUCAAUCGAUAAAAACCAUGGCAAUAUCACCUCAAAUUUUCCCUACCAGGAAACGACCACCCUCUGAAUCGUCGUUUAUCUCUCCAACCCUCACCCACUUUAAUCUUCUCCACUCUCUUUUACACCUCACCCACCAAAUAUGUUCCUUUAACGCAGCUCCUUGGUGUCGUUUCCUCUUAAACCGUAUUUCCUCUUCCACCAUCCGUAAAACGCAGCUCCUUGGUGUCGUUUUUGAAGACCUCAUUCGCAAUUCCGAUUCAACCUCAACUUCAAUUUCAGCACCUUUAUGUUCUCACUCUUUCGUUCUCUGUCUUGAAGAAAUGUACAUCGUGCUGCACAGAAUUCAAACCCUCGUCGAAGAUUGUUCCAACGGAAGCAAAUUUUCUAUUCUAAUGCAAAUUGAAACCGUUGCUGAUAAUUUUCACAAACUCACCGGAGAAUUAUCGACACUUCUCGAUGUUUUCCCUCUUCAAGAGCUUAAUCUAAGCGACGACGUUUUGGAACUCAUUUUCCUCAUCAGAAAACAGUGCUCAGAAUCAAAGACACUCCUCGGGGAAGAACAAAUCAAACUUCGAAACAACGUCGUUUUUGUUCUCGAAGGGAUCAAGAGAGAAAUUGUUCCAAAUCCAACAAACCUAGCUUCGAUUUUCGAAAAAUUGGAGAUUCGCGAUUCUUCAAGCUGCAGAGGUGAGAUUGAGAGUCUUCAAGAAGAGAUUCAGAAUCGAAACGAAGAACAACCAAAAUACGAGAUCGUGGCUUUGAUUGGCCUCGUUCGUUACGCUAAGUGUGUUCUCUUCGGAGCGUCGACGCCGUCAACGGGAACUGAGAGCUUACGGCGGAAUCAGUCGUUGGAUAUGGUGGUUCCAUCAGAUUACCGGUGUCCGAUUAGCCUCGAACUUAUGCGGGAUCCUGUAGUCGUGGCAACAGGACAGACGUACGAUCGUGGUUCCAUCAAGCUAUGGAUGGAUUCUGGACACAACACGUGUCCUAAAACAGGUCAAACACUGGCCCACACGGAUCUCAUUCCAAAUCAUGCUUUGAGAAACAUGAUAGCUAUGUGGUGCCGCGAGCAAAGAAUUCCGUUUGAAGGUGAAACAGUUGCCGUUAAAAUAAACGGCGGUGUGACAAAUAAAACAGCUUUGGAAGCCACGCGAAUGACGGCGUCGUUUUUAAUCAACAAGUUGACUAACCCUUCUCUGGUUUUAGAUUCUAAAUCCAUCGAAGACACUAACGCCGUUGUUUACGAGCUCCGUGUGUUAGCGAAAACAGAUUCUGAGAGCCGAGCCUGUAUAGCCGAAGCUGGAGCCAUCCCGCUAUUGGUUCCAUUCCUAAGCUAUGAAAAUGGUUUGCAACACCCGAGGCUACAGAUUAACGCUGUGACAACGAUUUUAAACCUUUCGAUUCUGGAAUCAAACAAGACAAGAAUAAUGGAGACAGACGGCGCGUUAAACGGCGUAGCUGAUGUUUUACGCUCAGGUGCCACGUGGGAAGCAAAAGCGAACGCAGCAGCUACGGUGUUUAGUUUAACGGGAGUGCCAGCUUUUAGAAAGAGGUUAGGAAGGAAGACACGUGUCGUGAGUGGAUUGGUUGAGUUGGCGAAGGGUGGGCCCGAGGGAGCUAAGAGGGAUGCGCUUGCAGCGAUUUUGAAUCUCGCGGCGGAUCGUGAGACGGUUGCGAGGUUAGUUGAGAGUGGCGCUGUGGAGAUGACGGCGGGGAUUAUGGCCGUGAUGCCGGAGGAGGCUGUAACGAUUCUUGAAGCAGUGGUGAAACGUGGAGGAUUGGUAGCGGUUGCGGCGGCUUUUGUGGGGAUAAAGAAAUUGGGGACAGUGUUGAGGGAAGGAUCGGAGAGGGCGAGAGAGAGCGCGGCGGCGACACUUGUAACGAUGUGUAGGAAAGGAGGAUCGGAGAUUGUAGGGGAGCUUGCGGCGAUUUCCGGCGUGGAGAGGGUGAUUUGGGAGUUGAUGGCGGUUGGCAGUGUGAGAGGGAGGAGGAAGGCGGCGACGCUGUUGAGGAUUCUACGGCGGUGGGCGGCAGGUUUGGAUGGUGGUGAAACGGAAGGAUUCUCAACAACCACUGCUGUGAGUACGUCAACUACCGUGGUUGUUCCAACUCCCACUUCAUUACCACAGUAACACUAAUUUGUAAAUUUCUAAAACGUUGUUGUACCAUUAUCUUUCUCUUUUUCAAAAUGUAAUCUAUGGAGCAUUUUUUUUCUUUCUUUAAUUAAAAAAAUGUAUAAUGACAUUCUUUCAUUGUUUGUAAUGUUUUCUUCAUUUAAAUUUGGGUUGCUAAGAAGGGUAAACUGAGUCUAUAUUUUUGUUACAGGUAUCUGAACUAUUAAUAUUAAAACGGUGGCGGUUAACACAGGGAAGGAAAAUAAAUUUCCAUCAUAUAUAAAUGCUAUUUUUAUCUU